AUGAGCAGUAGCAAAUUGUACAUUCAAAAUGUAUUACCUACAGAAAUCUUAACUGGCAUCACUAAACGCGUAAGACACCCUAAGAAAUUAAUCUUAUGCUGCAGAAGACUGGCAAUAAUAUUUAAAGACCCUCAAGUGAAAGCAGAAUGGAUUAUUUAUCAAUUUGGUGCUGCAAAUUGUCUUUUUUAUGCCAUCCAAUUAGGUCCUUCAUUUUUAGAUGUAGCGGUUGCGCAGGCAAUAAUCGCGAAAGGGGGCAUAAUUUCUAGAUAUUCCAUUCAGAGAAUUCAUUUGAAUUUCGGUUGUUAUGAUCAGAAGUUAAUAGAACUAAAAGCUGCUCACGGGAUGGCCUCAGUACAAUCAAGUAAAAUAAUUCCUUGGGCUAGUAAUUUACAUAUUUCUGUUUAUAUGUUUUUAUUAAAAGCAGCAUCAGACAUAUAUAAUAAUGAUCUAUGCUUAAAAGGCAAUGAUAUGGAGUUAUUUCACUUUUUAUCAGGCGGCCCUCAUACGAUCCACUACGCUCCGCUU